CUGCACGAGAGUCCCAUGGCCUGAAAGGACAGUGACACAACAGCAAAUAACCCCUCUAAAUUCGCACCAAACAUCGUGUACAUGAGAUUUACAAGUCGACCAAAAAUGAACUACAUGCCAGGAACAGCCAGCCUCAUCGAGGAUAUCGAUAAAAAACAUCUCGUCCUGCUCCGAGAUGGAAGAACGUUGAUCGGCUUUCUCAGAAGCAUUGAUCAGUUUGCCAACCUGGUGCUGCAACAGACGGUGGAGAGGAUCCACGUGGGCAAGAGGUAUGGAGACAUCCCUCGAGGAAUCUUUAUCGUCAGGGGAGAGAACGUAGUCCUCCUGGGGGAGAUCGACCUGGAGAAGGAGAGUGACACCAGUCUGCAGCAGGUGUGUAUUGAGGACAUCCUGGAGGAGCAGCGACUGCAGCAGCAGAGCAGGCAGGAGGCAGAGAAGACCAAACACCUGGCCCUGAAGGAGAGAGGCCUGGUCAUGCCCAGACCGGACAUCAUGGACGAAUAUGGAGUACAGCACCAAUACUGACUGGUACACACACACACGGUCAAUAGGUAAUGAUCCAAGUUCACUGUCUUUACUUUACCUUUGAGAGUGAAUCCCCAAUGUACUGGGCACUUUAUGACGAAGCACCUUAUUUCACAUUCAGAGUUUUAUAUUAUGUUUCCCUAAGAGUAUCAUGGCACUGACAUAAAUGUACAGAGUUUUUGUUUGAACCAUUCUUUUAAACUAUUUUGUGAGGUGUAAUGACAACUACAUUUUGAUUUGUACAGAAGUGAAUAGAGGAUUUAUCAAAGUUGUACAUCACUGGAAAGGCCUUUGUUUGUAUUAAACACUUAU